AGUAAAGCCUCCAUCUUGUCACAGCAAACAGCCAAACUGUAGGAGAGCCUCGUUCAUGUGGAAACAGGUCAGAACAGAGACCCGAGACUUUGAUUUAAUCAGAUCCAGAACACUGAAGGUUCUGAUUGAAGUGAAGCUCUGUGGUUCUGCAGGUUUGGUACUGUUUCAGAACUGUGGCUUGAAUCACAUGGUCUGUGAGAACAGUUUGGUUUGUCUGAAUGUGUUCAGAGCUGCAGAGGACGACUGAUGCUGAGGAGGAAGGAUGGCGCUGAUCCUGAUCCUGAUCCUGAUCCUGAUCCUGAUCCUGAUCCUGAUCCUGCUGAGUCUCUGCUGUCUGGGUCAGACUCAGGACCCCUUGGUGGUGGAGGAGACCGGUAGUGUCACGCUGACGUGGACCUUCCCUGUAAACGCCGGCAAGCAUCCUCAGCCGCUGACUGUAGACAUCAUGCAUGUGGACACCCAGAGCUGGAUCUACUUCUACAACCGUGCGUUUGAGGACCAGGGGUAUCCACAUGAUCUCUACAGGGGACGACUGCACUGUGAUCCACAGCUGGCCUCUGAAGGACGGAUCAGCUGUGUUCUGACCCACCUGAGCCUCAGUGAUGCAGGAACGUACAAGUGUGUUCUCAGACAGACGGAGUCCAAGUGGUGUCGCCUGACGGUCACAGAGAGAAGACCUCCUGAGAAUGAACGCCUGGAACCAGCGGGCCGCCACAGAACUACGUUUUAUGUAGUUCUGGUUCUGUUCCUAGUGGUGACAGCAGCACUUUGUUUUUGCACUUUAAAUACAUUUUCUACCUCCUCAAUCAGAACUGCAGAGAUCGAUCAGACCAAUCAGAUCGAUCAGACCGAUCAGACCAAUCAGAUCGAUCAGACCGAUCAGACCGAUCAGAUCGAUCAGACCAAUCAGAUCGAUCAGACCGAUCAGAUCGAUCAGGAGCCGAUAAUCACAGAGCAGCUGUUCAGAGAAGCUCACUGUGGAGUCAGAGAACCACCGACAGCUGGACAGGCUGUGCUGGGCUUCCUCCUCAUUGGUCCAGGACGGUCACAUGUUCAGGUGUCCAGAGGACACGUUGGCUCCUUCGAGGAACCCGUGGGAAAGGUUCUUCACUAA